UGUCAAAAACUAUGGACAUAAACAAGAACCAUAACAAAAUAUGUUCUGAAUAUCGAAUAUCGCUAAAAGCGUAACGGAAUUUCGUGAUUAUUCAUUUGUUCAAGUAAAAAGUAAAUUAAAACUACACUUGUAACAAAAUGGAUAAAGAUACAUCGAGGAUACUUUCCAUCAGCAAGACGUUAGAGGAAGUUCGCAUGUUGAACACUAAAAAUGAUAAACUGCUCAAAGACUUCGGUAUUGACCUCACCAACCUGAGCGACGCAGCGCAAGAAGCGUUGGAUGAUUUCGCAAAAAUUCAAUAUCUCACCGGACUAACAGAGAUGGACUCCUCGUUCGUGGACGGUUACUGCUAUCAGGAGCAAGCCAAACGUCUAGAAGCACGUCUCCAAACGCUCCCUCUGAAGGCCGACAUAAAAAAAUUGAAGGCAGCCAUCCAGAGAGAGCAGAACGAUUUGACCAAACUAGAGCGUUUUGUGGAGGAAACACAAACCCAACUGGUGCCAACCGAUGAGAUGGAGAAAAUGCGCGUCACCCGCGAGAUGCAGAUCGAGAUGCUGCGACGCAAGCAAAGACCCCUCAUGGAAAAAGCAGACGCCGUAAAUCUCGACGAGCUUAUUGCCAAAGUCGAUGCACUGGAAGCCGAAGAGAACGCUUAAUUGCGUCUCGAUCGUCUAAUUGAUUCUUCGAACUCGUGGGGUUCCCCUAUAAGGGGCGCGUAGUUCAAUUAUUCAUAUCACUUCCUUCCGUUUCGUCAUAAACUUGUUAGAGAGAUAAACACUGCAUGACAAAAAACAAACCAUUUUUUGUCGCACCAGAUUCCUGUUGCAGAAUCAGGUUUUAUGUGAUUCCUGAUUAGUGCCAAUGCAAUAAAGCCUUUCACUUUAUCAUAAAGCUGUA